AUGUCGGGUGAUACUUGCCAGUUUCCUUCUGAAAUGCUGGACGUUUUCAGGACAGCCUUAUCGAGGUUCGUUGUGCUCGUUUUCGCAUCAGUUGGGAAUGGUAUUUUUAUUUAUGGAGAAAAACGGAAAUUCUUGAGGUCGCCGUCUGGCAUGGCCUUGGACAAAAUUACCAUGAUCUCAUCCUUGAGGAACGCAUUGUCCGUUCCGGAGCAGCGCGGAGGCUGGUUCUACCGUCAGACCGCAUAUCUGCAAUUCAUCUGGAACUUGAAUUAUCGGAACAAAUAUACCUUCAAAAUGAACACGUUGGAUGUUGAAGUUCCGCAGGACGAGAGAGUCUGGAGUGCGAUAAGAACGACUGUCGAUGAGCAAUCGCAACAGGGUAAUUCAGGUGACAGUAAGGUGGAGUUAUUCAAAAGCUUGAAGGAGAAGAUGGAGGCGCUGUGGGACAAAAUGAAAGCGAGAAUGAACUUCACAGUACUAAAUUGUAUCGGCUGGGUCACGUUCCACGUCCUUAAUCUUUUUUGGCGGUCGGUUCAAUUCAACGAGACCCAGAUUCAAACUCUCAAAGCCCAAAUUGAAGAAUGUCCUCAUCCAGUUGUCUACCUUCCGCUUCAUAAGUCGCAUUUCGACUAUAUUAUCUACACAUGGAUGUUGUAUCGAACUGGCCUGAAAAUGCCAAUUCAAGCUGCCGGAGAAAAUCUGAACAUCUUCUUGUUCGGCUUCAUCAUCAAUCGAAUGGGCGGACUUCUGAGUGCGGUCGUGAAAGCCUUCCGCAAUAAACACAUCGAAGAUGCAUUGCUGGUGCCUGUCGGAUUGUCUUACGAACGUAUUGUGGAAGCUGGUUAUCCAAAUGAAAUUCUCGGCAAACCAAAGGUUCCUGAAAGUUUUUUCUACACCCUAUUUUCUACCCUGAAGCUCUUCCUGCAAUGGAAGAAGUGCAACAUGAGGUUAGACUUCGGGCAGCCAGUUUCUCUCCGGAAAUUUUUCAAUCAGCAUAAAGACGUCUUCGGGCCAUUGACUGAUGAAGAACGUUCGGCUGCGGAAAGCUCUCAGGUGGAGUUUUUGAGAAACGGUUUAAAUGUGCGAAGAAUGCCUCGCACGUACACGGGUCCUUUGUUUGGCAUGGAUUACGUUGACGAGCAGGAAAGACUUUUUGUUUCUGCGUUGGCCAAACAUAUGGUACACGAUGCUGGAAGAUACUGCUCUGUGAUGUCGACUCAUGUUCUGGCAGCCGUUCUACUGUACGGAAUUCCAUCAAACGGAGCCACCUACAGUAAUGCAUUGAAAAACUUCGAGUGGAUUUGUGCCCAGUGCCAGAAGCGCGGGAGGGACCUCGGUUUUUACUGCCAGGCGGAAGACGCUUUUCAGUAUUCAUUGGACCUUUUCGGAAAUGAAAUUGCCCCCGUCAGGAAUACUUUUGUGGAGGACUCUUCCGUCAAUGGUCGGUCGUCUGAAACACUCUGGAUUUCUUCGCCGCACGGGAACAUGGAGGCUUUGAUUGAGCUCUCCUUCCUAGCGAACAACUUGAUGUCUUCUUUUAAUUUUGAAGGAAUAUUGGCUGUAAGCAUUCAAACAUUGGUUGGAAAACUCACCCACGGGAAGCUGAGCGGCCACGGGAACAAAUCAUUUUUCUAUGACGAAAACUAUCGGACGAAGUUCCUUACCAAUACUGGCCUCUCACUGAAGCGACCGGAUUUGGAAGAUCGAUGCUUAGGAUUGGUGGAGUUGUUGGGGUUUGAAACGGUGCUGUAUCCUCCCUGUGCGAGUGCAUCUCAAGGUGUGAGAGAAGCCAUUCAAUCCUUCGAAGAGGACAUCCUUCAUAUUCCAAAUAAUAAUCAAGGUAACGAAGAGGAACCGUUCGACAAUGACGAUGGAGCGAUGAAGUUGAUCCUCACGGAGUCAUCACUGAGGAAGCUAGAAUUUUUUCAACGAAUUCUCGCCCCAACGAUAGCAACGUAUGCGUAUUCAGUCCAGUUCGCCCGGAAUUUGGGCGACGAGCGGAUCUCUGAGCAAGAUUUCGUCCGCAAGUGCUUGGAUGUGAUGUCGUCACGAAUUGCCGCGGGCCGGGAAAAAAUAAGACUAUGCCUAAAUUCCGACACCUUGAAGAAUUCUCUGAAGCUGUGGGUUAAAUGGCACCUCUUGGACACCGCAGCGGACGAAGCAUCGGGCGCACGAGUUUUCUUCCUGCACCCGCGGGUGGCGGAUGACGAUGAGAUGCUGGAUAAAAUGGAGGAACGGGUUCUCAUGUAUCGCGUUUGA